CCGGGAUCUCCCACUUCCCUCAUCAGACUUCUCCGAACACAGACGCGAACACAACGCUCAUCGUCGAUAGUCAAUUCAUCGCUCUCGCUUACCAAGACGCUAUCUACCCAGGCUCCGCACCACCAGAAGCUGGCUGUACAAGAGUUUGAGUUACAUUGAGUCUAAGGAUUUCUCGAGGACAGUGUGAGAAGUGCAAUUAUCUACAGAGAUCUGCAUUGAUCUCCAAAAGAUUAUAACAGAUUUAUUCUUCGCGCGAGCCCGUUUUUAUCUCUGUGCCAUAAUGUCCGAGGUUUUGCCAUACAGCGAGGGGAAAAUGAGCGGCUAUGGAGCAGACAGCGAAGUCAGUCAAAUGUCAUUCAGCUGUGGGCUGCAAGACACUAACGCCUUCUUCGGAGCAUCGCAGGGGAAAAGACCCCCAAAACUUGGACAGAUUGGCAGAGCUAAACGAGUGGUCAUCGAAGACGACCGGAUAGACGAGGUUCUGAAGGGAAUGACGGACAAAUCGUCACCUGGCGUUUAAAAGUGAACGACGCCUUGCUGACUUUUUAUUUUAAUCACCGGUUUGAAGCACUUGUCGACUGUGCAUGUGUACGAGGAUUGUAAGGAGAAACGAGGGUACGAAGCGAUAACGAAGAAGGGAGCGAAAGAAACAGAAAAUGAAGAAAGCAGAAGAGAUAGAAAGACCGAGAUUUAUUUUGGGGUUGCUGGCAAUUCUCCAAACGAAACCCGAUUUAAGCCACUGCUGCGCAGAAAGAUACGGAGAUGGCUAAUUUGUGCUACUCCGUCUUUCACCUCUGCAGAUGUAUAGCAAUGGAUGAACUUGCCAUUAUUUCACCACCAUCUUCUUCCAAAAAAGAGCUUACAAGCCACAUAACGUCAACAACUGGAAACUGAAUUGCAUUUAAGCUCUGUUUCUAUAGCUGUACAGUAUCUAAGGUCGAAGAUCCCCUUUCCCCAAAACAUGCUUUUAUAUUGAAAACGAUCGGCAACGCCGCAUUCAAGGGAGCUGUUCAGUUCAGCACUGAUCAAACGUAUAGAAUGCAUUCCGAUUGCUGCUAGCGCUAUCUUUCAAACAGACCAACUAGACACUGAAGUCUCAUAAUUAAAAAAGACCCUAUGUAUGUAUUCAUGGAAAUUCUACACGAGGAUGAUGCAUUGUUCGUAUUAUAUAUAUAUAUAUAUA